CAGCCACCUAGCUGCGUUCAAUUGGCCGUGUUGGAAAAUGGCUGAAUCACUAGAUUCAAAUGCUUCAACCUCUGCCCGCUCGGAUGAUGGUGAAAGCGAAGAACAACCGAAGAAACCCGAUACGAUGACGACCAAUGACACGCAACUGGAAUGUCCAGUUUGCUUACAAACGUGCGUCCAUCCCGUUCGGCUUCCGUGUGGCCACAUCUUUUGCUUUCUCUGUGUAAAGGGUGUGGCAUUUAAAAACCUUCGCUGUGCGCUCUGUCGUUGUGAUAUUCCGUUGACCUACCUUGACCAUCCGCAACUGGUAAAUGGCGUUGAGGAGAUCGAACGGGCGGCUACUAGUUCUUCGGAAACAAAUCAAUACCAGUGGUACUACGAGGGUCGUAACGGUUGGUGGCAGUACGACGAGCGCACUAGCCAAGAGCUAGAGGAAGCAUACGCAUCGUUUGAAAAGAGUUGCAAGAUUCUCGUUGCCGGCUUUGUGUACAUCGUCAACUUUGAACACAAAUGCCAAAUCCGGCAGAACGAUUAUUCGCGCAUUCGGCGUGUCAUGCGCGACCUAGUGACGAUUCCGAAAAAAGGAGUCGCCGGGUUGCGACUCGAAACCGUGGCGACACAGACGCCUAUCAGUACGUCCGACGUACACGAACUGUCUUCCGCUCUUAUGGAAAUGAAUCUCAAUGAAGGAGCUUCCACUUCCGCGGCUGCAGACACCAUCCCCUUCCAAGUACGCGAUACCGCGGUUGGUGAGAUCGUCGAAACGGCAGAUAACAUCACUCAACCGGGAGGGGAAAAUACUGGGAUUGCUGAACCAGAUGAGCUGAACCUUCACACUACUGACACAAGCUUUAGCAUUAAUAGCAGUACCACCAGUAGCAGCGAUGAUGAUGAAGACGAGAGGAUCAGCGAACGGGACAACUUACGACCCGAGCAAGGUCACAAUUUGAUCGAUCUCAGCCGCCCCGCGUAUGCUAACGAGGGCGAAGAUGAGGAGGGCCGAGACGAUGAGAAUUUACUCAUACUUUAAAGGAGACUAUUUAACACGCUCAGUGCUCGCGCUUUGGUGUCGAGAAAGAGUAGACAUUCCCUGCGGCCACACCGUUAGGGGAGAUUAAGGUUUUAUUCGUACACUCUUUACCGUAUAUGCAAUUGGCAGUUAAGUGAUAAGCAGCCGUUCCAGGCAGAAAAGAGCCAAAUGAAACAUGGAAACAAAUUCAUUACGGCGAACAAGGAACAUAAUGGUCAAUAAUUUUGAAUGAAAUUUGAUUUAUUUUUGCAAUAUGUCGUGUAAUAUUCGUUUUGUUAUUCAUUUUUUUGUUAAAUAAUUUAAUUUUAUCGCAUUUUGGUACAUUACAUCUCUACAUUAAUUUGGUGGCUUUGUCAAUGAACAUAAAAAUAAUUGUAAUUCCUAUUCUUGAUAGACUAAGAAAGCGACAAUGAAAAGGCUCGCGAACAUUACUCAUUGUAUUCAGAUUACGAGUAAAAAAACUUCUCUUAUAAAGGCUACAUGCGAUGCUCCAGUUGCUUUAGUUGCCGAAUAAAGCCCACGUU